AUUACCCAGCACGCACGUGCGCGCGGCUCAGAGCGCGAGCGCUCAGCUCAUCACUAGAUCCUUUGGAGUGAAAUCAUUGUUUUUCAGUGAUAGCUGAACAUUUUUUUUCCCACCUAGGUUUAACCUGUGAUUCUUUUGUGAGUAAUUCUUGCAGUUCCCGGUCGCGUUGUCUUUGACUAAGCCCUGCCCUUCCCUCAGUGUGAAUCAGCGGACCGGCUUCCUGUGUUUGUGUGUGUGUGUGUUUUUCAUGCACAAUUGCUCUGCCACCUCAACAUGGAGUAAAACCGUGCGUGUGUUUCACCUUAACGGCUCCGGAGUCAGCCGUUUGCUUUCUCGUGGCAGUAUAUAUAAUUUUUUUAAAUUAGAAAAACCCGACUGCAGAUGUACAAGUGCAGUCCCAGGAUUGCUUGAGACUGAAGACGAGACAUUGUAUUUAUUAUUGAGAAGAUGGCGAACGACUCUCCGGCUAAAAGUCUAGUCGAUAUAGACCUGUCGUCACUACGGGAUCCUGCUGGGAUUUUUGAAUUAGUGGAAGUGGUCGGAAAUGGCACAUAUGGACAAGUAUACAAGGGCCGACAUGUCAAAACAGGACAGCUGGCGGCCAUCAAGGUUAUGGACGUCACAGAGGAUGAAGAGGAAGAGAUUAAACUUGAGAUCAACAUGCUAAAGAAAUAUUCGCAUCACAGAAACAUUGCCACAUACUAUGGAGCAUUCAUUAAGAAGAGUCCCCCAGGACACGAUGACCAGCUGUGGCUUGUGAUGGAAUUCUGUGGAGCUGGCUCAAUCACAGACCUGGUGAAGAACACAAAGAACGGCCUGAAGGAAGACUGGAUUGCCUACAUUUCACGAGAGAUACUCAGAGGUCUGGCCCAUUUGCACGCACACCACGUCAUCCACCGUGACAUCAAAGGCCAAAACGUCCUGCUAACUGAGAACGCCGAGGUCAAACUAGUUGACUUUGGCGUGAGUGCCCAGUUGGACCGGACAGUCGGCAGGAGGAACACUUUCAUCGGCACGCCUUACUGGAUGGCACCCGAGGUCAUUGCCUGUGAUGAGAACCCUGAUGCUACCUACGACUACAGAAGCGACCUGUGGUCAUGUGGAAUCACUGCUAUUGAAAUGGCCGAGGGAGCUCCCCCACUUUGUGACAUGCACCCAAUGCGAGCUCUUUUCCUCAUCCCAAGAAAUCCACCUCCUCGGCUCAAGUCCAAAAAAUGGUCCAAGAAGUUUAUCAACUUUAUCGAGAACUGUUUGGUGAAGAAUUACACUCAGAGGCCGCCCACUGAUCAGCUCCUGAAACACCCGUUCAUCAGAGACCAGCCGAACGAGAGGCAGGUUCGCAUCCAGCUCAAGGACCACAUCGACCACACACGCAAGAAGAGGGGGGAGAAAGAUGAGACAGAGUAUGAUUGGAGUCUAAGUGAAGAAGAAGAGGAUGAGGCUCCAGAGCAGGAAGGAGAACCCAGCUCUAUAGUGAACGUACCUGGCGAGUCGACGCUGCGGCGAGACUUCAUCCGGCUGCAGCAGGAAAACAAGGAGCGCUCGGAGGCCCUGAAGAGACAGCAGCUCCUUCAAGAACAGCAGCUCCGCGAGCAGGAGGAGUACAAGCGGCAACUGCUGGCUGAGCGCCAGAAACGCAUAGAGCAGCAGAAGGAGCAAAGGAGACGUCUGGAGGAGCAACAACGGCGUGAGCGAGAGUUGAGAAGGCAGCAGGAGCGUGAGCAGAGGCGGCGGGAGCAGGAGGAGAAAAGGAGAAUAGAGGAGAUGGAGCGCCGGCGCAAAGAGGAGGAUGAGCGCAGGAGGGCAGAGGAGGAGAAAAGACGAAACGAUCGUGAACAGGAAUAUAUCCGCCGUCAGCUGGAAGAGGAGCAGAGGCAUCUAGAGAUCCUUCAGCAGCAGCUGCUUCACGAGCAGGCCAUGUUACUGGAGUUCAAAUGGCGGGAGCUGGAGGAGCAGCGGAAGGCGGAGCGGCUGCAGCGGCAGCUCCAGCAGGAGCAGGCCUACCUGCUCUCCCUGCAGCACGGGCCCAAACAGCGCACUUCCUCCCUCACAGCCCAGCCCGACUGGGCAAAACUACCCCAAGCACGCCCCUUAGACGCCCCUGAUCCCCCAGUUAACUCUAACGCAGAUGAGGGCACGCCAAAUGCUGACCUUCCACAUCAGACUGACAGUGACCAAAGUGUAAAUCCUGAUGCAGAGCAGAAUAAACAUGUAGAUGGGAAAGAAGCCCUUACUGAUGAGUGCAGGGAACAGACUGAAAGUGUGUCAGUGGACUCCAGCCCUUUAGUCACACAGCCAGUGGGUGAGACAGACAGGACUGACGACCCCCCCGUCCAGUCAACUCCAACCAGUGGCCCGGUGUCUGAAGCCCAGCCAGUCGGAGAGGCUGAUGAAAGAUACCGUAAGAACCAUCAGGGCUCGCCUCAGACAGCUCCACCCAAGCAGCCGCCAGUUCCUCCUCGUUCAUCUGAGCCCUAUUCUAACGGGAACUCCUCAUCCGAGUCCUCAAGCAUGCACAAGCCCAUGGAACCACAGGUUCAGUGGUCUCACCUGGCCGCUCUAAAGAACAACACAUCCGCUCCCCCAGUGUCCCGUUCCCAUUCGUUCAGCGAUCCAGUUCCCAGUUUUGCACAUCUCCAUCUGCGCUCUCAGGAGCCACACCACCCAGCGCACCCUUCGCACCCUGCACGCUCUGAGCAUCCUCACCCUCUGACCCAUUCGCAGUCUCGGAGCCACGAGACACCUGAUACUUCUCUGAAUGACGAGGUUCCACCAAAGGUCCCUGUGAGGACGACGUCCAGAUCACCUGUACUGUCUCGCAGAGACUCCCCACUUCAGAACAACCAGCAAAGCAGCCAACCUGGACAGAGGAAUGCUGGAAGUAAUGUGGAGCCGCGUCUGCUGUGGGAUCGGGUGGAGAAGCUGGCUAGACCAGGCAGUGGAAGCUCCUCUGGCUCCAGUAACUCCAGCUCACAGACUAGCUCUCAGAGUUCAGGGGAGAAGUUCAGAGUUCGCUCAUCUUCAAAGUCUGAGGGCUCGCCACAUCAGCGCCAAGAAAAUGCUGGCAAAAAAUCGGAGGAGAAGAAGGACUUUGUCAGACCAACCAGGCCCUCUGAUCUCACUCUACUGGCCAAUGAGGUGCGUGCAAUUGAAGAGACACGUCCUCCUCACAAGGUGACGGACUACUCCUCAUCUAGUGAGGACUCCGAUUCAGAAGAGGAUGAUGAGGUGGAACAGGAGCUGGGCAACGAGUCUACAUCUGGCACAGAGGAUUCAAGGGCAAGCUCCUCGAAAGUUAGCAAUGGUGAGACGGAGUCAGUGAAGACCAUGAUUGUUCACGAUGAAGCAGAAAGCGACACGGCCAUCACACCCUCUAAAGACGGCACUUUAAUUGUCAGACAGAGUGUAGCAGAGAAAAUCCGAUUGGUUCCCGGGCCUGGUUCGGGUCCUGGCCCUGGUCAAGGUCCUGCUCUGGGCCACCAGGAGCGAAAUGGUUUCGCAGGCCGUAUUCACCUGCUGCCUGACCUCAUCCAACAGAGCCAUCACUCCCCCUCCCCCUCCAUCACCUCCUCCCCCUCCUCCAGUCACACCAGCCCCUCCAUGUCCCCCCAAUCUGCCUUGGAGAGGCUGCUUGCCAGCGAGACGCUCUCUGGCAGUAAUUCUCUUCAAAAACACAAGUCCUCGUCUUCCUUCACCCCCUUCAUUGACCCUCGCCUUCUACAAAUAUCGCCCUCUACCGGCAGCUCUCUCAACAACAUGGCAGUCAUCGGGAAUGACAGUCGGCUGCAUGAAGCAUUAAGGCCAGACCCCAUGCGUAAGGGCUCGGUGGUUAAUGUGAACCCAGUGAACACUCGGCCACAAAGCGACACGCCUGAGAUCCGCAAGUACAAGAAGAGAUUCAAUUCCGAGAUCCUGUGUGCUGCACUCUGGGGGGUGAACUUAUUGGUGGGGACAGAAAGUGGGCUUUUGCUUCUGGACCGCAGUGGGCAAGGUAAAGUUUACCCGCUCAUCAACCGGCGUCGUUUUCAGCAAAUGGAUGUUCUGGAGGGCCUUAAUGUCCUGGUCACAAUAUCAGGAAAAAAGAACAAGCUGCGAGUGUAUUAUCUGUCCUGGCUGAGGAACAAGAUCCUACACAAUGACCCAGAGGUGGAGAAGAAGCAGGGGUGGACUACAGUGGGAGAGCUGGAGGGCUGUGUACACUACAAAGUUGUUAAAUAUGAAAGAAUCAAGUUCUUGGUGCUCGCCUUGAAAAACUCUGUGGAGGUCUAUGCAUGGGCACCGAAGCCGUAUCAUAAAUUCAUGGCCUUUAAGUCAUUUGGAGACCUGGCGCACAAGCCCUUGCUAGUGGACCUGACAGUAGAGGAGGGUCAGAGGUUAAAGGUGAUAUACGGCUCCUGCUCUGGAUUUCACGCAGUCGAUGUGGAUUCAGGCGCUGUUUACGACAUCUAUUUGCCCACGCAUAUUCAGACCAGCAUUCAGUCGCACGCCAUCAUCAUCCUUCCCAACACAGAUGGCAUCGAGCUGUUGGUCUGCUAUGAGGACGAAGGCGUCUAUGUGAACACGUACGGGCGCAUCACCAAAGAUGUGGUGUUACAGUGGGGAGAGAUGCCCACCUCUGUUGCAUACAUCAGGUCUAAUCAGAUCAUGGGCUGGGGCGAGAAGGCCAUAGAGAUCCGCUCGGUUGAGACGGGCCAUCUGGAUGGUGUGUUCAUGCACAAAAGGGCACAGAGGCUUAAAUUCCUGUGUGAGAGAAAUGACAAGGUCUUCUUCGCUUCUGUACGUCCCGGCGGUGCGAGCCAGGUCUACUUCAUGACCCUGGGCCGCAGCAAUCUGCUGAGCUGGUAAAGCCUCUGACUUCAAAACGCACCAUUUGUGAAACCGCCGACAAGCCGGUGUUGAAAUAAAAUAAUCAGCCUUGAGCUGAAAUGUCUUCUUGGGUCCCGUGCUCCAUUAAAGCAGCAGCGCUCUUUCAAUAGCUGUGACCUGUGAAUGCAGAAACAUGAGCAGAUUUGUGGAAAGGAGUGACCGUGACCCCUGCAGCUGACACGACUACGGAGGCUGGAAGUCUAAAACGCUAUUCCUGGAGAUCUGUAACACUUUUAACAUUCAGGGGGUCCUCUUUUCAACACUUUGAGACAUGGAGGGAUCUAAGCGCAUGAACAGUUACUAAUACAGUUUACGUAAAUGUAUUUGUGCAGAACUCUGUGAAGGGAGCGUGCAUGUAGCCUCUCUCUCUCUCUUUCUCUCUCUCGCUCUCUCUCUCUCGCUCUCACACCACACUUGAGGGAAAGCAGGGGUGGGGCUUCAUAGCAGCAGGUGAUUGAAGGAGCUCUGCUUUUUUUCCUGUGAAUUUGUCAACUGCCAAAACAUCAGUCAUACUGUAUUAUUGUGGUAGUCCGGGUUACUUUGAGGGAUUAUUACUCCCCGGCGUUUUUAACAACAUUGACCUUAGUGUGUCGAGAUUUUACGCUGGUGAACUUGCAACAAUGUUUCGUAUACAGUACAUUGAGUGUUUUUAUUUUUUAAGCAUUGCACUUGAUAAAUAAAUUCUUAGUUUCCUUCUCA